AUGGCGUUAGAAGACAACAUAAAGUAUUGUAAUUUGCCGAAAAAUGUAGAAACUGAAUCAGAAUAUGAAUGGGUACCUCUUUCUUUGACAGUUGUAGAAUAUCCUAAGGGUGAUUGGCUAGGAAGAUUUCUGGCCUUAGCAAGUUUACUUCCAUUUAGUAUUAUUUCAGGUUUUAUAGCAUUAAUUUUAUUUAGGCGAGAUUUACAUACGAUAUCUUUUUUUAUUGGGACAAUAUUCAAUGAAUUAAUUAAUGUAAUUUUGAAACAUAUUUUUUGUGAAGCUAGACCCUUAGCCAGGAAUUCUUUAUAUACAGAGUAUGGAAUGCCAUCCUCUCACAGUCAGUUUAUGUGGUUUUUUACAACUUAUAUAGUAUACUUUAUAUUCAUUAGGUUGCAACACAUGAACAAUAAAACAUCUUUGGAAACUGUCUGGAGGGGGGUUCUUACCACAGUGUGCCUUUUAGCUGCUAGUAUAGUUACUUAUUCUAGAAUUUAUUUGCAAUACCAUACUUGGAAUCAAGUUUUAACUGGAAUAGUUGUUGGUUUUAUUUUUGCUUCAAUUUGGUUUGCUGCAACAUUUGUUGUUUUUACUCCUUUAUAUCCAACAAUAGCAUCGUGGAAAAUAUCGGAAUUUUUACUUUUAAGAGAUACUACACUAAUUCCUAAUGUAUUGUGGUUUGAAUAUACAAAUAGUCGUCAGGAAGCUCGUGCUCGAUCUCGUAAAUUGGUUUCUAUGAAAUCCCAAUGA